AUAGUGUUCGACAUUUCUAUGAACAACUUGUUUAAGGUUGACUCACUGAAGGUCAAACAUGGCGGCUCGGUUGACGGGUUUUGUGCAAAGAAGUGCCGAUUUUGUUAAAAAGUAUGCCACAAUAGCAUGGAGAGACCACAUCAACAAAGUUGCCGUUUGUCAGGCCAACGGGCAGUCCAUGAGCCGCAUGCAGAUGCUUUCUCUGUACCUCAAAACAGAGCUUGCUCCACCCAACCCAAUAGAGGCUAAAGAAAGCAUCGCCAAAUUCUUGGACCUUCCAUUUAAAAUGAGCGGACAAAAAAUUGCUAACAUGAAUGUCAAAGAAGCCCUUUGUAAAUCACUCCUGGUAGCUGAUGUUGCCGUCUUUUUUGUCGUGGGUGAAGUGAUCGGCCGUAGAUGCUGGGGUGGUUAUAAAAUCCCUGGUGCUUACGGAGAUACUGAAAUGUUUACAGAGGAGGACAUUAAAAAAAUGGAUGCUGAGAGAGCGAAAGCUAAUUGAACGUUACAACUUUUCUAUAGUGACUUUAAAAAUACCACACAACAUUCAAAAAUGUGAUGUUUGUUAGAAAAUAUUGAUUAAAAAGUGUAUGUAAAACAAACUGAA